GAGCGGCGGUGGCGGGGCGAGCUCCGAGCCCGCUCCGCCGGGCCAUGGCGAGCGGCGACGCCGCGCCCGCGGGCUCGGGCUCCGGCUCGGGCUCGGGCACGGUGCUGCCCAGCCGCCUCCAGGAGACCGAGAAGCUGCUGGCCGCCACCGAGGGCCGGGAGGGCCUCCGGGGCUCCAAAUCCUUCACGGCCGCGUUGGCCGGCGAGGCGGAGCGCAACGGGCACGGGCUCUCCUACAAGUCGGUGUCGGUCGGGCACCUGGAGGCGGCUCCGCUGUCGCCGUCCCGGCUCAGCCUGGGCAGAGCCUCCUCCACCGCCACCAGCACGGCGGCUGCCGACCAGGGCCGCCCGCGGGACUACCUGGUGCUCGCCAUCUUCUCCUGCUUCUGCCCCGUUUGGCCCAUCAACGUGGUGGCCCUCGUCUUCUCCAUCAUGUCGCGCAACAGCGGGCAGCAGGGGGAUGUGGAUGGAGCCCGGCGCCUGGGCCGCAUGGCCCGCCUGCUCAGCAUCGUCUCCAUCGUGCUGGGGACCAUCAUCAUCGUGCUCUACGUCUCGCUCAGCGUUCGAGUUUCCUAGAAGACGUAGCAUGCAAAUACCUCGAAGAGGAGGAAGACAGUGCUCCUUUUGGGGUUUUUUUUACUUUCAGCCUUGCAACAAAAACUUGUGACAGCGGAGCCCAUCUGGAGGAACGUGCGUGGCUGCUCCACCGCCUUCUGGGGACAAGAGGGGAUGGACACACGGCAAGGGGACGAGGGACAAGAACUGGAUGUGAGCAGAGAGGAGAAGGGGAAAUCCACUACCUCAUUCCCCUCCAACAGGGCGGGGAGACCACGCUGGGGGAUGGACAGGAGGAGGAGGAGGAGGGAGAUUCCAGACGGAAGCUUGUUUGAAGGAAAACCUAAGGGUGGACCGCGGCAUUUUGAGGAAUCCUCCUGAGGACCUUGGCACUGUCGUUUUGGGGGGGUUUGUUGCUUUUUAAAUCAUCGAAUUCUGUCUCUGCAAAAAACAAACAAACAACAGAAAAAAAAAACAACACCCAAAAGCUCAAACUGCCACCAGGAGCGGAGCGGUGUUCCAUGCAUGAGGAGGGCGAGCUGCAGAGCGCGGCGGUGCUCAGAGAUGCGGUGGGUGCUUUUGUAUUUUUGAUGAGGAAAACAAACAAAAAAAGACAAACAAAAAAGAGACAUUGACCAUUUGCAUGCCUUUGGGAAUGUUCUCCCUGUCUGCUCGUCCAUCCACGCCCCUCCAUCGCUCGCAGAUCAGGGCUGGCAGAGCAGGGCGCUGCUGCAUGGGAGCGCAGCGCUAACGGAAGGGAUCACGCUUUCUCUGUGCAACCACACGUUUCCUUCUCCAUGCACCCAAAGCGAGGUUAAUGCCACUGGCACUGAGCACAGCUCCUGGUUAACCCACAGCGGCAGCACUGAGGAGCAGAGCCCUCCUGCCUGCUGGGUUGUGUUCAUCACACAAGAGCUGCAGCAAGAUCCGGCCCUAUGGCCGUGCUCAUCUCCCCUCGCCUCUUUGGCUCCAACUGAGGGCUCCAGGGGACCUUUAGAGGGAUGGAGGAGUCCAGAGUCGUGCUCUUGUCAUUACCCAUCUUCUGCUCCUUGGACAUCUCCAGCACCACUGGAGCGUGCUGGGCUCGGGUCCAUGAGUAUUAUUUUUUAACAUUUUGUAUUUAAAAACAUGUAAAGAAUGCUGACUUUUUGCUCCCCAUGAUCGUCCCAAGCCCUGCUGCUCCCAGCCAAGUCUUCCACGCCAUGCAGCCCCAUCCGACCUCUCUGUUCCCACUGUGGGCUGAUGCUGGUGCUGGCAUUUCAUUUGGCUGUGCAGACAGAGCAAGGUUCCCGUUGCUGUACGUUUGCAGAUGGCUCCUGGCUGUGCCCAUUGGCUUUGCAUUGGCCAAGCCUUUCUUUUAGCAAAACUUUGCUGGUGCAAUUCCAAAUUACAGAUGUGGGAGCUGCACCCACAGCCUGCCCUGGGACGGUGGGGUGUUUUGGGGGCACCCUACCUGGAAGAUCCACAAACCAAACCCAACAUGUCCAAGAGCUCUGCCCAUCUGGUAGCUGUUGUACACUGUGGUGCACCAAGAGGAGCCCCUGAGCAUCCCUGUGCUUGCAUCCUUCCCAAACUGGUGAGCAUGGGGCACGUGGGAAGGCAGUGGGGAGAGCUGCUGUGCCAUAAAUCCUUGAACAAUAGGGAUGUAGAUGGGAUUGUUCUCUUGUCACUUGUUUAGCUGCUCUCUGUUACACGGUUUCCUUUGGGUAGAGGUAAUCUGAACCCACGGGAUAGGAGAGCCAAAUUCCUGCGCCCACCGUUAUGUUUUUCUUUACAUCCAAAAGGGGUGCAGGGACUCAGAGCAAUAGCACGGUACCACAGCAAUUUCCUGGGCUGCCUCCCCACCCGUCCCUUUGCCUGCAUUUUAUUGCAAACCGUGAGCUUCUGAAAACGGACCAAAUUCAACUCCUGCGUUUGCAACUCAUUCCUUGCACACUCAGGGCUGGAGAAGCUCUGUGCUUGGCUGUGUGCAGAGCCCACUGACACCUGAUCCCCUGUCCCUCUUGAAGGGGGGAUCCCCGAGGAUGAGAUGGGUCAGAGCAUGGGGGAAACUGCAGCACUUGAGAGCACCAAAUGGAGGAUGGAACGCUGCCCUGGCAUUACACAAAGCCUUCCAGCUCACGGCCUGAAGUGCUUUGCCACGGCUGCAGCCCCGCGGCGAGGGCUGCGCUAUUCUCAUCGCACAGAUGGCAAAGUUGCUCCAAGUCACGUGUGCCAGCAGCUCAGAAAAGAAAACAGUUCUUUCUCCUCCUCAACAUAAGUAGGAGGGAAUGCAUCCGUCCUUUGGAUCUGAUGCUUCCGGAGGGCUCUUUGCAAGCCAGGACCACCUUGAGGAUAUACAGAGCAGGACCGGAGGGGCAGCAGAGGCACCAGAAGCCAUCUGAGUGCAGGAGAGAGCAACAACUUCCCAAUAAAAAAAAAAAACCCAGAACCAUAAAACACAAAGACCCCUCAACUCCUUCCUCUUUUCUCAUCUCCUUUCUGGCUGGAUACAACUGCACUGCCCUGCACUCUUCAGUACAUCUCUGUGCUCUUCAUCCCACGCUUAGACACAGUGGAACAUCUCUACAGCCAGACGAAAUGUUUUCCUUCCUUGCAACCCUGUGCUGUUCCAGAAGGCUCCCAGGACCCACCAGACCCUUUCCCCACUCUCCAUUGAGCUCCCGGUGUGUUCUGCAGCCCGAUCCUGCACACAGGACUCUGCAGGAGCUGAUCUCUGCAGCACUGUGGUUUCAGCCAGGCUCUUUGUGGGAUGCAGCGACCGUGGGGCAGAAGGGAUGCACAGCACUCAGUGUCCAAUUGAUGACUGCUGGUGGAGAGACCACGAGGGUUUUAGCAUAAAGGGAAGAAAAUGACAGAAGAGCUUUCCCAGUUUGCUGCAUUGGUGAUGAUUUCCCUUUUUCUAAUCAUUACUUCCCUCCUUUCCAGUUGCUGCCAAUUAAACGCCAACCCCACUCCUGUUCAGUCCAAGCCCAGGAUGGGGCUGAGCCACCCCUAUGAGCUGCUCCCGUCCCCGGUGCCCCCAGCCCCAUCCCAGCACUUGGCCGCUCAUCGCUGCCCAACAUGAACUGACUGCAGAUUGAAUGCCAAUUAUUUUCUUUCCGCUUGCACUCUUUCAUUUUGGCAAAGCCAAAUUUGGCAAAGCUAAAAUCUCCCAUGCUUGGGGACAAGCCCAGGGGGUGAGGGAGGGAGGGAGGGAGGGGAGCAGCCUUUUCAAAGCAAGGGGUGUCCCAGGGCACAGCCCCAAUCCUCAGAGCCCAGCUGGAGGAGCGCUCAGCGAUGCCAUGGACACUCCAGGAAUCUCCUUGCUGGUCGAUGUUUCUUUUUCUGCGGGAUGAUAUGGUGUACCUUAUAUACUUCCUUUGUAUUUCUUGGCAUGAGAAAAGAAUUAAAAUGUAACAUGCAUGGUCAAAGCCAGACUUGCUUCU